AUGAAUAAAACUUUGAAUUUUUUGUUUAUUUUAAUUGUUCAUCUUGUUAUUGUAAGUAAAAUCCUCAAAAAAUGAAUAAUAUUCUUUGUCUUACCUUUAACAAACUGUAAAAGUUAAUUAAAACCUCAUUUCAGGCUCAGAACCCUCUGGACAUUGAUUUAGAAGCGGAUUUGUCAACUUUGAAUCAAAACACUUUGAAGGAAUUCAACGAGUAAAUUGAAUUUCGUUUUUAUUCUUUCGUUCCUUUUAUUCUGUUUUAUUUCCUUCUAUUUAGACAAUGGAACGGCACGCCCGCAUCGGAACGUUCUCAACUGUUGCAGAGGCUCGGGAAGAUUGCCUUGUUCAUGAGAUUGUACCGAAAGUUUGCUCCGGAUCCGAAUAAUGGAAAAGUGGAGUUUGAAUACCUGUUUCCGAAGCCUGAACCAGCUUUUCACAAGGAGAUUCUGGACAAAUGUAAUGAUAAUAUUAAGGUAGGUGAUAUAGUUUAUAAGGAAAUUUGGUGUUGAGGUUGUUUUUGCUUUGUCCAGCUAGUAUUGUGGUUGAUAGUGCUUAGGUUGAUGUUGUUUUAUUCGGCUUAUAUUGAGGUAGGUGAUGCUUAGGUUGAUUCUGUUUUCUUCAGGUUAUUGAGGUAAAUGAUGAUGAUAUUGUAAAAUACGCCGCAGGAAGGUUUUUCAUCCAAACACUAGGACAGCUAGGGCAAAUAUGGUAAAUCAAUAUUGAUUGCAACAAGUUUUUUCUCAGUUUUGUUGAUAAUAUUCGACUUUUCUAUUUAACUUGUUAUAAGAAUGGCCAGGUUUCAAUGUUCUUUUACUUUUGAAACACUGAACAAACGUUCAAAAUUACUGUAGAACGCCGAGUUUGGUAACUUGAUUUGCUCUUUCUAAAGUUAACGUGUAAAGUCAAUUUAAAAUGUCAUUCUACAGUAUUUGUUCAGUUUAUUCGAUUUAGACAUUGUUAAAGUAACAUGGCCUUGAUUACCAUCGUAAUCUUUAGUUUUGCCCUUUGCUUUAAAAUGUCAUUUUGUUUUUUUUACUUUUGAUACUUGUCACAUCAUUUUGUUUAUUUUUACGACAUGUACUAGGUAAGAUAGGGUACUAUAAUGAUUUUACAACGAUGAAGCCACUUAAAUUCGUACGGUUGUUGGAGAAAAACAUUGUAAAGUAAAGUGGUAUUAGACUAAAAUAAUAUUGUUCUUAGGCAGAUACAGCUAAUUUAGAGAUUGAAAAAGGUACCAAAGUAGUCAGGGUAGGGUAGGGUAAGGUAGAGAAGUGUAUGGUAGGGAAAGGAGGGUAGAAAAGGGUAGGAUAGAGAAGGGAUAGGGUAGGGUAGAGCAAGGAGGUGAGGAUAAGGGCAACAAAGCGAGAGCAUGUCAUAUUAGGUAGGUUAGGAUUGGGUAGAAACGAAUAGGUGAGGUAGAACCAGGAUACGAUACUUUAACUAUAUAAAUAUUAUCAUUGUGACAGUUUUUCGAAUAUUUGUGCCAACCUAGUUGGUCUAACCAAUAUAAUAACUGUUUACGACUGUGAGGAUGACUAAUCUGUUUUCAGGUGUGUAUUAACUUUGUUAUGGAUAAUCUCUAUCAACGUUUCCCCACUCUAUUCCCUACUCAUUUCUAUGAACCAGACUUUUCUUUGGAGUAAGGCCAAUCACUUUUUUUUUUACUUUUUUAAAAACGCUACUAUGUUAUAUAAUCUUUAUGACACUUUUGUAAUAUUUUUCCCUACUAUAAAGGGUCCUGCUAACCAUUAUCGUAUUUUACCAUAUUGUUUUAGAUAUAUUUUAUAUUAUUUUAUAACUUCAUUUUAGUGCUCAAACAUUUACUCAAUUCUUGGACAAGAAUCAGCAACGAUUUGAUGUUACUAUUGCUUAUUUGUUCUGCUGGUCCACUAAAAACAAGCUGGAGGCUUUAGAAUACAUGCCAUUCUGUAGUUAUGAUCCUGAUGGCCCUUUAACUAUGGUAAGUAUUUUUUUGUGGGUCUUUUACUGAAUUUUAAAGUCUCUCUGCUGAGCUGGUUUUUUUUUGCACCGUGCAGUUUUAAAAGGCUUUAACCUUGAAAAAAAAUGUUAUUUAUGUCUAUAAUAUUUCAAUUACCCUAGUGUUAUAAAAUUUAGAAUCCGGGUGUCUUUCGACAUUUUUUAAAAAGCAAUAAAGUAAUUUUUUGUUAUGACAUAAAAAUUUAUAGUUACCUUGACACUUAGUUUUCUACAAUCGCUUUUUUUUUGUAAUUUUGGUUGUUUUUAGAUCAGUUUAUUACGCUCCAAUCUCUUUAGUAUGACACUUAAGGGACAGGAACAAGGUGCCAUUAUAACCAGGGUGUCACACUAUCUACGUAAUUUUUGAUAGAAUUUCUAUUACAAAGAGAGGUCAAAAAGCUAUCAUUAAAAAAAGAGUGUCAUACUGUCUAGAGUCAUACUAAAGACGUUUUACUGUAAUGAAAUUUAAAAAAACUUUUAUGACAUACAAAACUGACUUUUUUUCAGUUCCCAGCUGAUCGCUUUCGUGAAAACAAAUUUCGAAAAGAAAUCAAAGUAAAAAUGGCAGAAGUCAUGGAUAACAUGUUUGAACUGGAGCCGUUUGAGUGUGCUACUAAAAGGUAAAUGAAAACUUAAUGUUUUAAAAGUAUUUUAGUUUUUUAUGUGAAGUUGAGUAGCUUUAUCUAAGUUUAAAGAUUUUCUUGGAGAGGGGGGGGUUUAUCUUAAUUUUCAAAUUUUUGUACAAUUUUCAAAUGUUUCUACUUGCUUAGCGGCCACCCUAGUAGACAAAAUUUUAAUUCUUUACACUCACAAUGAAUAUUCUUCUCUAGAAACGUCGUAAUUCAAAACAAAUUUUAAUUACAAUUCCGUGUUAUACUUCAAAUAUACAAUUGUAGUCUACUUGAUGUACUCUUUUUGGUAUUUAAACGGUUUUCGCUAAUUAGAGUAAUUUAAAAUUGAUAAAAAGUGUAAUUGUUACCUUGUCAGGGCUUUGUGUGGGUUUUGAGAUAUUAUUUGGGAUUGAUAAUAAAUAUAUUUUGGGCUGGAGGUUUAACUUGUUUAGGGUAGGGCAUAGACAAGCAAGGUUGGGUAUUGCAGAGAAUGGCCGAGCGGGUUGGGUUAUAUGAACUAAAAUGGGGGUAUGGUAAUAGGGUAGGAUUGGGUUUGAUAGGGUAGAGUUAUACAAGGUAGGAUAGGGUAAGAUAAAGUAGGGUAGGGUAGUAGGGUAAGGUAGGGUAGGGUAGGGUGGGUUAGGAUAAUGUAGGGUAGGGUAUGUAAGGUAGGGUAAGGUAUGGCAUAGUAGGGUAGGACGGGACGUCAAAAAGUAUCAUACUACUACAAUACUCAUUUCAGUUUCUGCCCAAACCCAUGUUGCGGAAACGGCGACAACAAUACCUGUGCUCAUCCUGUCUGUUCACCAGCCAAUUCUAAAUCAGAAUGUGUAUUAUCAGACGAUCUAAACACGAAUAUCAAGGGUUUGGUGGCGAAUCAUUGGAAUAUAACGUGUGGAUGUGAUGAGCCUGGAUUUGUUUAUCGAUUUGACACUGAACAAUGUGUAGAUGUUGAUGAGUGUCGAGUCACUGAAUGUGCAGGUACGUUUUGA